AGAGUCAAUAGAGCCCACGGAAACAUUUUCUCUUACCGAACCAAAACACAAUCCUCUCUCUCUCUUCUCUAAUCUUCCUCUCUAUCAUCUCUUCAAUGGAGAGAUACAAAGAUGCUUCAAUGAAUCUGAUUCCAUCUCCUCGAUGCCACAACAACAACAACAGCUGCAGUAUGAGCAGCAGCACUGAGAGCAACAACAAACCACCCACAACUCCGACCCGACAGGUAACCACUAGAUCCGAAUCCGGAAACCCAUACCCAACCACUUUCGUCCAAGCCGACACUUCUUCCUUCAAACAAGUCGUCCAGAUGCUAACCGGAUCCUCAGACAGACCCAAACAACACAACACCUCCUCUCUCAAACCCAACCCGACCCAUCAACCCGACCCGAGAUCCUCUCCUUCCCAAUUCUCAAUCCCUCCAAUCAAAGCCGUAAACAAGAAACAGUCUUCCUCCUCCUCCUCAGGGUUCCGUCUCUACGAGCGCCGUAACUCGAUGAAGAAUCUCAAAAUCAACCCGCUAAACCCGGUUUUCAACCCGGUUAACUCAGCCUUCUCGCCCCGGAAACCCGAGAUCCUCUCUCCAAGCAUCCUCGAUUUCCCGUCUCUCGUUUUGAGCCCCGUCACUCCUCUUAUACCCGACCCGUUUAAUCGAUCCGGGUCAUCGAGUCAGAGCCCCGACGAGGCCGAGGAGAAGGCUAUGAAAGAGAGAGGCUUUUAUUUGCAUCCGUCUCCGGCGACAACUCCGAUGGACUCAGAGCCUCGUCUUCUUCCUCUGUUUCCGGUGACUUCUCCUCGGGUCUCAGGUUCUUCCACAGAUUCUAGUUCUUGAAUGAAUGAAACCAACUCUAAUUUUUUCUUUUUAAAGAAUAUCAUUUCCUUUGUGAUUUUUAAAUUAUAUAUUAUAAUGGGAAUUGAAAUGAAUCCUGAUGAGACUUGUGUUAUAUAUGAGAGAUGAUUGUAAUGCUCAGAUGAGAUGUUUGCCGAAGCCAACUGCGAUUUGAAAUUGUAUUAAUCUCUAUAAAGGUGUUUAUUGGUUUCAUUGCUCA